ACACGGUAUCACUCUCAUUAGGGUUUCAGAUUUCUCAUCUCAUUCCUAUCCGCCUCCCUCUCUCUCUCUCGGCGAUUCAGAAACCCCAAGCAUUCCUACCACUCGACAAUCGUCAGUAUUUCAGACAUGCGCUGGGUUCGUCAACGAUGGUGGCUGUGGGUGGAAGAUGAUGACGUUGGUUGGUGGCCAGAUUGGUACUAUCCUUACCAGAUCUACCUUUUUGUUUGGUAUUUGUGUAGUUUAUGUUUAUACGCUGUUAAAUUUCAUGUGUUAUAAGUUGUUUUAAACAGUUUUGCUACUGUUUUUGGAUGUAUUUAUGUUAGAUCUGCAUAAAAUUUUCAGAUCUGUGUUGGUUCUGGGUUUUUGUAAUGUUUUGUGAACUGAUAUUGUGAAUGGAGUGAUAAAAUGAAGGUUAUUGCUUCAUUUGAUGGGUGAAUAGCUGAAGCAAGAUUGAGAAAACCGUUUAAUGUAGAAUGUUGUAUGUUGUAUUUGGUUUACACAUCAGGUAUUAUGCUUCUUGUAUGUUGUUAAUUUAAACAUGUAAUGUGCUAAUGUGUUUUUACAGGAAUGAUCCUGUGGAUGAGGAUGCAGCCAGCGCAGCCGCAACAACUUUAUAUGGCAUUUGGUCAAGAAAUAAGUAUGAUCUGAUAUAAUGCACAAUUUAACACAUGAGUUUAACGACAGCUGUUGAUGUAACACAUGCAGCCAUACCAACUGUUAUAAUCUCCGAGAUUCUGAAGGAGAUGGACUGGUAACUCAGAAAUGUUGAUGGUAUGGAUGCUUUUGCUGUCAAACAAGCUUGCAAAAUAGCAAAGGGACAUGCCUUGAAGAACGGAUCCAUUAUGAUGAUCUCAAGAUCUUCAGCUGCCGAUCAAACUCGGGGCAUUGUCAAGAAAAUUAGAUGUUUUCUCGAUCAUUUUCGAGGUUCAUUUUACUCCCAGAUCAAGUUCCCCCCUUUUGGUUUGAUGUGUAAGGUUUCGAAAAGUAAAUUUGGUAUCAUGGAGGGAGAAAUAAAGUUUCAACAAAAACAAAUCGGGGCUUUCUUAAAUUCCUCGAGCUUACUAGAAUUAGCAGCUAUUGAUGAUGUUUUUGGGCUCCAGUACAAGGUAGAAACCGUUAGUACGAGGUUAGACGAUGUCGGUUUGUGGUACGGAAGAAAAAACAGGUGUAAAACGAAGAUGGGAUUGUUAAAACGAACUCUGUUAAUGAUUGCGGUUGUGUACGGAAGCACAAAUGUCGUGAAAUAUAUAAUCGGUUUCGGAAAAGCCGAUGUGAACAAAGUAUCUGACUCUGAUGGCGCAACUGCGCUUCACUGUGUUGCGGCUGGCAGGUCUUCUUCGUCCGUCAAAACGGUGAAGUUGUUACUUGAAGAUUGUGCGGACCCGAAUUUAACAGACGCCAACAGGAAGACGUCUUUAAGAUCUAGAGAUUUUAAAGCGGGAUCUAUUGGGCCGAUUGAAGACGUUUGAAGACGUCUUUAAGAUCUAGAGAUUUAGAGAUGGAACUUGAGUUGCUACAAAGGCAGCAAAUGAUUGAUAAUUUAUCCACUAAUCUUUACAACAACAGAUUUGGGGAAAUGAAGCCCACUAAGCUGGAUGAUGUUUACGGUUCGAACCUUCUCAACAACAAAUUCGGCAGAACUCUAACCUGCUUAGAUCAAGUUUCGGGUUUGAUUCAUCGGCUGCAGUGGCACAAGCGGUGAUGAACUCGAGGUCUGGUUUGUUCGCAAAACAACGUAGCCAGAGUUUCAUUGACCGUGGAGUCGGCAACCUGAGUCUCCGGUUAAUGACUCAAUCUUCCACUUAUUCGGAAUAGGGUUCGCCUGAUGGGAAACUAGAUUGGGGUUUCACAGUGAGGAUGCUAACAAGAAGACGUCAAAAUUUAUUUCUUUGAAUAAUUCAAUGUAAUUUGAUGAUCAAUUAAUCUGAUAUCAUAGUUUUUUUUUUAUUUUU